CGUUUGUAAAUGUCUGCAGUAAGAGUAUAUGCAGUUGGAAUUUGAAAUGAUAAUAAUAUUGGUUUUGUGUUCGUUAUGAUGUAUUCUAUUCCUUCGAUGCUGCGUCGCUUACCUGGAACAUUCCUACAGCGUGUAUGGCAUUAUCCGAUUCUUCGUUAUACUUUAAAUACUUACUAUGGGUGCUUUCAAUCAUCCUACAUCUCUACUUUGUCUUUAUUCUCCAAGUCUACACGCUGCAUUGCUCACACAAGAUAUCUACAUAGCAUGCACUUGGCAUUGCCCGGUUCCUCGUUAUGCUCUCGACACUCAUUACGAGUACUUUUAUUUAUUCUACAUUUAAAACAGUAAAUGAAGCUCAUGACAAACGCGCGAAUGCUCGGGAAGAAGAUUUUAUUAUUGAAGAGGGCGAAUUAAUACGUGUUGCACGAUCGAGAGUUGGCGGAACAAUGGAACAGCCGCUGAUACGCAUCGCUUCGCACGCGCCACCUCUCCACCACGAAUCCCCCAUCAAGACAUUCCACGUGACAGUCAGGCGGCAUACGCUGGGAGACUUUGAUAUUCUCUCACGUAGUGUCGGUGGAAAGCUAAGAAACUAAGAUGCGGCGUCAAUAAGAUAGCCGAACAGACGAAAUAUCAGCAAAAGAUAAGUAAUAACGGCAUCGACAUUCUCUCACGUAAGAUCAGUGGAAAACAAGCAACGGAUAUCAAAAGACCUCGACAUUCUCUCACGUAACGUCGAUGGGAAGCUAAGAGAUUAAGACGCGGCGUACACAAGAUAACCGAACAGACGAAGCACCAGUAAAAGAUAAGCGAUUACAGCAUCCACAUUCUGUCUUGUAGCGUCGAUGGGAAGAUUCGAUCAAACAGCAGAAAGGAAAAUGGUAGACUUAGAUAGAAAUAAACGCAGCGACUCAGAGCAGUGAGUUAAUAUUUGUCAACCGAAGAGUUUAUAUCCAUCAGUCAUACAGUUAAUAUCUAAUAAUUAGUCAGUCAAUAAUUAUUGUCAAUCAGUAACACAGUCAGUUAUAGUUAACCAAGCAGUUAGUUUCAAACAAAAUCGAGUUAGUUGAAAGUUUAUAAAUUACGCUGACUACUAAAUUUGAAAUUAAUUUGUAAAAGUUCAAUUAACCGACAGUUUAAGUACAUCUAAGUGCGAUCGACAACACACAUAUUCAAGGUGAAAAUUUUAAUUUUGUAUAUCCUCUUCUCUAUUAAUUUCGUAUUGGUGCAACGUUCGGCAGCGAAAUAAAACUAUUCGUCGACAAUUAUAAUCGAGAAUAACAAUUGUAAUUGUUAAUUCGGAUCUUACUUUCAGACACAUUGUACUCAUAAACGAUAGUUCGCUCUAUUAACCCGUGAUCUUGACAUCCUGCAUGUCACAGCUAUCAAAACAAUAACCAGAUAGUAACGGAAUAGCCACCUCUGAUACACCCGACGGUAACCCCUCCAAGGAGACUAAAACCUCAGUAUAAAAACCCUCCUAAAUUAGCGCUCGACACCUUUUUGUUGUAACACUCUGAACCAUCACUCUUUUGCAUUCGUAUAAUAAAUUUUAUUAAUAUAUCUAAAGUUCAAUUUCUUCACCUUAUUUGUGAAACAUUCGAACUGCGACGCGAGGAGACCACCGGUGAUCUAUCAUUUUCAUGAUUUCUUGUCUCUUCUACGUGACACUUUCAAUCUUUGAAGACACAUAUGGGUUAUCACUUCUCUUCCCAGUUCUAGGAAAUAUUGCUCACCUUUGGGCGAGACUUACGAAGCCAUACUAGUUAUCCACAGAGAACACAGUCCAUUUGACGUAUUCGUUCUUGCUUAUUCUACACUUAUGAUUUCUCAAUAUUUAAAGUAUUAAAGAUAAAACAAUUAUUUUCGAAACUUUGACGUAUUAAGAAUAAAACGAUUAUUCGCUGUGUUAAUCUGUGAUCCUGCGUUGCCGGAAACGUUGCGCGGAUUACAGUGUUUUCAAUUGUUGAAGACUCUUACAGAUCUUCGCCUUUCUCUUCCCAUUGCUAGUGUCAUGUCCGAGAAACAGAGAGUGGUGAAAUUAAGAAAAUCACCGGUCAUUUUCUAGCGUCGUUCGAAUGAUUUCGAAUAAGCUUAAAUGUUUCACGAGGAAGGUAAGAAAGAAUUCAGACUUCAGAUAUGCUAGCAGAAUUUAUUAUGUGAAUCCAAAAGAGUGACAGUUAGAAUGUUAGAACAGAGUGAUUUUAGGAAGGUUUAUAUACUAUGAGUUUGGCUCCUAUGGAGGGGGCCAUGUCAGAUGUAUCCAGGUCAGAGGUGGCCAUGCUGUUACUGCUUUCUGACACUGGAACACUCUCUACGUUGUUGUUUCGAUGGCUUGGGGAAUGGUCGUUAGACCCCCUUGGUUUUUCUAUCGCUAAUUUAUGGCUCGGUGACACUAGCACUUAUAUUGCGCAUAUUUGAGCCGACACUAACAAUAGCCGAACUUAAAAGAGGAGAAAAAAUGCUUAUAGAAGAAUUAAGAUUAACGAGCGAAAGUAAGACGGAAAUUAGUUUCUCGCCUUCUAAUUCACCGUUACCGGCACACUGGCGUGCUUUCCGAUCAGAGCCACACCCUCUUUCGUCUAGAGCAGCAUCGCCUGUAAUAUACGACAAGGAUUAUUAUUUUUGAGAUAUUAAAUACCCAGACGUCUAAAGAGAGAUUUUGUCAAUAAUAAAGUUAAACUGAAUAGAUCCUUGUACAUCAAAAACAUUUAUUUUAAAUAUAAUAAAGUUAAUGCGAACUAAAUUGGUUGGCAACUAAGUGAUUGCGGAUUUUAUCAAUAGGUGGUCUUAGCACAUUCUUUUGUUUUGUCAAUGUGUUCACAGCACCUAACCUAUAUUGUUUUCUUGUUGUUUGAAUUUCCACCCUUAAUUUAGUAAAGAAAAUUGUAUCGGUUA